AUGACGGACAGCGAAAUCCUCCGCACGGGUGUGCUGUUCAAAAAGGGCUCUGGCGCCGGUCCAUUCGGCCGCCGCAACUGGAAGCCGCGCUACUUUGUGCUCACGACCGCGCGGCUGCAGUACUACACGUUCGAAGACGGCGAGCUCAAGGGCGAGCUGAGCCUCCAGGGCUGCGACGAGGGCGUCUUGGAGGUCAUGCCGGCCGACAGCAUGAAGACCGGCAGCAGUGCGUCGACCAUCUGGCGCGUGGCCAUUAAUGCGCCCGAGCGGCGGCUGCUCGUGGCCGCCGGCACAGAAAUGGAGAUGAACGAUUGGGUCGAUAAGCUCGUGCUGGCGUUCCGCCUGAACGCCGGGCAGCCCGUGCUCCAGCGCGCGUCAAUGCCGACGUCGUCGUCGUCGGCGCUGUCGUCGGCUGGUCGCUUGACGGCAAUGCCCCACUCGGGCAACGGCAGUCACGCGAGCGGCAGUAGUGGCGUGAAUUGCAACCCGUCGAUUCGGGAUUUCCAGAACUUUGCUGUCCCGCGGCGGGGCAUGGGCCAGCGCCAUAGUACGGGUGUGGACACGCGCGCGACGAGGGGGCCGGACGAGGCAGUGGUGCGCUCGGCACGUGGAGGCAGCAGCAAUAGCAGCAAUAGCAGCAGUGAAGGACAGGUGAGGAUGCAGGAGGAAGACGAGGAGAUGGGGUUGCAGGAGUUGAAGGUGGGGGAGGAGGUGCCGGUGCAUUUGCAAGACGACGAAGAGAAGGAGGAAGGGGAGAAGGACGUGCUGGCGUGGCCGAUGCCGAGUGAUGGGGACGGCGAAAAAGCAGAGAGAAAGAAAGCUGCGGAACAAGACGCGGCGAUGCGGCGCCAGUUGGCACUGCAGCAGCAGCAGCGGCAGCAGGAAGAAGCGGCACAGGCUGCAGCACGUGUGGCUGCUGCUGCUGCUGCUGAGGAAAUGCAGCGUCAAGACGAGCAGCAACAGCAGCAGCAGCACGAGACGAUGACGGAACAGGCAGUCGCGUCGCAGGCAGCGGCGGAUGACGUGUUGGAGCAGCAGCGACGUCGGAAGCGCGAGAAACACGCGCGACGACGUGCCGAGCACGAGAAGGCCGUGAAGCUCAAGCUCCAGCUCCAGCAAGAGCAGGAGCAGGCGGACUUGGCGUUCCGUCUGACGCAGCACACGGACAGUGUGGGUGCGAGUGAGCACGAGAAACAAGUGGGAAGUGCGUCCGUGUCGAUGGCAAAAGGAGAUGAUGAUGAGGUGGAGGACGAUGAUAGAGAUGACCAAGAGGCUGUUGGUGGUGGUAGUGUGGCACGUGCACCUGGUGGUGGUGCUGCUGCUGCGCCGCGCUCGUCACUGGUUGGCGACGUGAAGCGUGAGAUGAUCCACAAACAGCAGGCAGAGCGUCACCGUCGUCGUGAAGCGGCGCUCAAGCAGGUAGCAGUGGAGCAACAACGUGUCAAGAUGGAGGAAAUGAGCGUGGAAGAGGAUAGCAGUGACGAAGUCGCCCCUCGUGUCGUGGAAGUCGCUCCUCGCGAGAUCGAAGUGGUGCGACGAGUGCCAGUGAAGAAGCAGCCGGCGCCAGCUGCUGCCCCGAUGGAGAGUUUUGAGUUUUGA